AUGGCGUCCAUCAUGGAAGGUCUGCUGAGCAAAUGGACUAAUGUGAUGAAGGGCUAGCAGUACCGUUGGUUCAUGCUGGACUACAAUGCAGGACUGCUCUCCUAUUACACGUCCAAGGACAAAAUGAUCAGAGGCUCUCGCAGAGGAUGUGUUAGACUCAGAGGAGCUGUGAUUGGUAUAGACGAUGAGGACGACAGCACCUUCACAAUAACUGUUGAUCAGAAAACCUUCCAUUUCCAGGCUCGUAAUGCUGAUGAGCAAGAAAAGUGGAUCCAUGCCUUAGAAGAAACAAUUCUUCGACACACUCUUCAGCUUCAAGGUUUGGAUUCAGGAUUUAUUCCUAGUGUCCAAGACUUUGACAAAAAACUUACAGAAGCUGAUGCUUACCUUCAAAUCUGGAUUGAACAAUUAAAGCUUUUUGAUGACAAGCUUCAAAAUUGCAAAGAAGAUGAACAAAGAAAGAAAAUUGAAAUGCUCAAAGAGACAACAAAUAGCAUGGUAGAAUCAAUUAAACACUGCAUUGUGUUGCUGCAGAUUGCUAAAGACCAGAGUAAUGUGGAGAAACACGCAGAUGGAAUAAGUACUAUUAAUCCUGUAGAUGCAAUAUAUCAACCCAGUCCUUUGGAACCUGUGAUCAGCACAAUGCCUUCCCAGACUGUAUUACCUCCAGAACCUGUCCAGUUGUGUAAGUCAGAGCAACGUCCAUCUUCCCUACCAGUUGGACCUGUGUUGGCUACCUUGGGACAUCAUCAGACUCCUACACCAAAUAGUACAGAGGGCCAUUCACCACCAAGUAGCAGUCUAACUUCUCCAAGCCAUGUGAACUUGUCUCCAAAUACAGUCCCAGAGUUCUCUUACUCUAGCAGUGAAGAUGAAUUUUAUGAUGCCGAUGAAUUCCGUCAAAGUGGCUCAUCCCCAAAGCGCUUAAUAGAUUCUUCUGGAUCUGCCUCGGUCCUGAUACACAGCAGCUCAGGAAAUAGUCUAAAAUGCCCAGAUACUACAGAAUCACUUAAUUCUUCCAUGUCCAAUGGAACAAGUGAUGCUGACCUUUUUGACUUACAUGACGCUAGAGUUGAUGAUGCGGAGGCAGGGUCCGCGGAGGAGCACAAGAGCAUUAUUAUGCAUCUCUUGUCACAGAUUAGGCUUGGGAUGGAUCUUACUAAGGUAGUUCUUCCAACAUUUAUUCUUGAAAGAAGAUCUCUUUCAGAAAUGUAUGCAGACUUUUUUGCACAUCCGGACCUGUUUGUGAGCAUUAGUGACCACAAGGAUCCCAAGGAUCGAAUAGUUCAGGUUGUGAAAUGGUACCUCUCAGCCUUUCAUGCAGGAAGGAAAGGAUCAGUUGCCAAAAAGCCAUACAAUCCCAUUUUGGGCGAGAUCUUUCAGUGUCAUUGGACAUUACCAAAUGAUACAGAAGAGAACACAGAACUAGUUUCAGAAGGACCAGUUCCCUGGGUUUCCAAAAACAGUGUAACAUUCGUGGCUGAGCAGGUUUCCCAUCAUCCACCCAUUUCAGCCUUUUAUGCUGAGUGUUUUAACAAGAUACGAUUCAAUGCUCAUAUCUGGACCAAAUCAAAAUUCCUUGGGAUGUCAAUUGGGGCAAACAUAGGGCAGGGCUGUGUCUCAUGUCUAGACUAUGAUGAACAUUACAUUCUCACAUUCCCCAAUGGCUAUGGAAGGUCUAUCCUCACAGUGCCCUGGGUGGAAUUAGGAGGAGACUGCAAUAUUAAUUGUUCCAAAACAGGCUAUAGUGCAAAUAUCAUCUUCCACACUAAACCCUUCUAUGGGGGCAAGAAGCACAGAAUUACUGCUGAGAUUUUUUCUCCAAAUGACAAGAAGUCUUUUUGCUCAACUGAAGGGGAAUGGAAUGGUGUGAUGUAUGCAAAAUAUGCAACAGGGGAAAAUACAGUCUUUGUAGAUACCAAGAAGUUGCCUAUAAUCAAGAAGAAAGUGAGGAAGUUGGAAGAUCAGAACGAGUAUGAAUCCCGCAGCCUUUGGAAGGAUGUCACUUUCAACUUAAAAAUCAGAGACAUUGACGCAGCAACUGAAGCAAAGCACAGGAUUGAAGAAAGACAAAGAGCAGAAGCCCGAGAAAGGAAGGAAAAGGAAAUUCAGUGGGAGACAAGGUUAUUUCAUGAAGUUGGAGAACGUUGGGUUUAUGAUGAACCAUUACUAAAACGUCUUGGUGCUGCCAAGCAUUAGGUUGGAAGAUGCAAAGUUUAUACCUGAUGAUCAGGGCAGUAGGCAUAAUUCAGCAAGAAAUGAUCUUCCUUUGGGAGGAACCUGUUCAUUCCCUUCUUAUUACAGUGGUUCCUAUCUCAGGGAUACUGGACUUUCUGACACAGAUGAACAAUUAAAGUGGGAAAAGUUCUCUUUUCCCUCUGGGGCAGUUAUGAUUUCGACUUCAGUCCUGA